CCAAGUCCAAACAUCACCGUAGAACUUCCCACAAGAAAUACCCAAUGAUGGAGUGAUGGCCACGACCACGUUAACCACACAACCAACUACUCAUAGUCUACUAGUAAAGUAACAAAUCACUAUGCAUUUUCUGUUUCCAUUAUUCUAAAUUUGUGAUAAUAGAGGAAAGGAAAAAGAAAAAAAAAUGGCAUUCCCAAUGCCACAGCUCGUGCCCUCUGCUUCUCUAUCUCAUACCCACUGCUUAAACAUCAACACACUCACAUUACCAUCAUUGUUCCACCGUCGCCGGAGCCUGGACUCUCUCCGGUGCUCGGCUUCCUCUUUCUCCGACAAGCACCAGGACAUGGUGGAGCUCCCUCUCUUCCCUCUCCCUCUGGUUCUCUUCCCCGGCGCCAUCCUUCCUCUUCAGAUCUUCGAGUUCCGUUACCGCAUCAUGAUGCACACGCUCCUCCACACCGACCUACGAUUCGGGGUUAUCUACAACGACGCCGUUUCGGGCACCGCGGAAGUCGGGUGCGUGGGCGAAGUGGUCAAACACGAGCGUCUCGUUGACGACCGGUUUUUCUUGGUAUGCAAGGGACAGGAACGGUUUCGAGUGAGCAACGUUGUACGGACGAAACCAUACCUUGUGGGGCGCGUGACGUGGCUUGAGGACAGGCCUUCGGAGAAAGUGGGAGAGGACGUGGAGGGUUUGGCGAGUGAGGUGGAGAGUUAUAUGAAGGACGUGAUUCGGCUGUCGAAUCGAUUGGGUGGGAAGGGAGAGAAAGAGAUUGGGGAUUUGAGAAGGAAUCUAUUUCCUACCCCGUUUUCUUUCUUUGUUGGAAGCACGUUCGAGGGUGCACCCAGAGAGCAACAGGCUCUGUUAGAGUUGGAGGACACUGCCACCAGGUUGAAGAGGGAGAAAGAGACUUUGAAGAACACACUUAAUUACCUCUCUGCUGCCUCUGCUGUGAAAGAUGCCUUUCCUUCUUCUUGAUUUCGAUUUCCUGGAAUACAAGUUGUAAAUUUUUAUGCCUAAUUUAUUUUGCUUGCUUAAUCGUCCCCUUUAGUUAUUUGAUUUUGUUGUGUGUAUACUGGACUAUACAAUAUACAAUUUCCAAAAGAAAAAAAAAAAAACAAGUUAUUCAUCCUUCCAGCUAGAUGUCUUACACACCUUUGCAAUGGGCAAUGAAGGAGGAGAGUAAUAUUUGUAUUUUACUUUGAGGGUUGAUCAUAUUAACUAUAUUUUGCUAAAUUUUGACAAUCACUGGUUGAUUGGAAGGCCGGCUUGUUGAAUUGUGGGGAAAAUUCUUCUUUUAGGAAAUCAGAAUGAAUGUAAAUUUAUGACUCUUUUUUUAAACACUAGGAAUAAA